GUAGCGACCGGAACUAGUUUUGUUUUUAGCUGUAGUACACACUCCGAUCUGGAUGUCAACAAAGGCAUGGGGAACAGGCGGCAAUGAGCAGAAGAAAGAAAACCGUGAAGGACAUGGUCACCAAAUGAACAUAGACUAGGAUAUAGUGAGCUGGAGGAGUAUGGAGAAUGAUGAACUUCCGUCAGCGGAUGGGAUGGAUUGGUGUGGGUCUGUACCUUCUGGCUAGCGUGGCAGCCUUCUACUAUGUGUUUGAGAUUAACCAGAAAUACAAUCGACUGACACUGGAGCAUGUUCAACAGGCUCAGAAACCCCAAGAACCGCCACUACCGGGGGAUUCAGUCUCUUCAUCUAACUCACCCUCUUCAUGGAUGCACAGUUUGAAAAUGCGGCUCCUCUCUUUCCCCUUUUGGUUGUGGGGCACAAUCUUCCUCAUCCCCUACCUCCAAGUGUUCCUCUUCCUCUAUUCCUGUACCCGUGCUGACCCAAAGACCAUGGGCUAUUGUAUUCUACCCAUCUGCCUGGCAGUGCUUUGUAACCGUCAUCAGAGCUUUGCCAAAGCAUCCAAUCAGAUCAGCCAGCUGCAGCUGAUUGACACUUAAAAGUGGGUAAGGAAAGAUGGUAACACUGAUGCACAUUGUCAAAUGGACACAAGGGAAAGAGGAAGGAAGGGCUACACUCCCAGCUCAUUUAAUUUUGGAUUUCGCCACAGAUUGUUCAGCACUCCACACAAAAACAUUAAGUUAAUUGAAAGAAAACUGUGUCAAUGUGUCCAAAUGGCUUUGAUAAGGGAAUCAAUAUCAAUAUCAGUAUCACUUGAUUUUGACCGGUUUACUUCCGUUGCAUCUGUUGUGUUUUAUCGCAUACUGCUUUUGACAGUUAAUUGUGGUGUUAAAUCAGUCUGCUUUUGGAAGAAGGAAAUAAAAUACCUGGGAGAUAGUGACCCUAUGUUAUUAAAAUAAAUAAAUUUUUUAAAAAAAGCAUUUGGCCAAGUGAUACAGUUCGGUAUUGUGGAAUGCCACUUGUAGUCUGACACUCCCUACUUUGGGAUACAUGUCUUGAGUGGAAUGUAUUGUAAAAUGAUUUUGAGCAUUGCUAUUUCUAAUUUUUUUAUGUGUAGAAUUCUUUGGAUUUGCAUUGGAUUCCAGAAAUGUUGUGGAGUGACUUGCCUAUUGCUGUAGAGAAGUCACAAAGUAAAGCUAAUUCCAAAUGGUGUUGGCAGUACCAGCCAUUGGAGGAAAAAUAAUUGUCCACGUAGGUUAUUUACGAGUGAAAUUUGUGUUCAGUCUCAAAACUGUAGUGUACCAAAUGACUGCAUACCGACUGCUAUUCUAAGAGAAACAGGGCUUCUUGUAAAAAGUGCUUUGAAAAUGUACAAAGAUGUACCUGUCAAAAGAAUACACUUAUGAAGGACAAGGUAAUGAAAUGAUAAUUAUACCUUUUAUUUACAUCACAACUUACAAAUGUUCAUUUCAUGGAUCUGCAUUUCAUAUUAUGCCCCAUCAUAUCUGUCAGUGUCUGACAUGGUGGGACAGCAAGUGAAUGCUAUAAUAUGAAAUGGGUUCCUUGUUAUUGAAUAAGAAUGCAUUUGACAUCAGCAGGUCUACAUUUAUGCAAUACAUUAUAGGAACUCAGUUCUUCAUUUGCAUUUGUAGCAUAGAUUCUUUCUUUAAAGCACAACACCUUUAACAGAAAUUUUGGAAAACUUUCUGAGAGCAAUCCAAAACAAAUAAAGUUUUUUGUUUUGUGAAAUAACAGUUUACUUCAUUAUCCCCCCCUCCUCCCCAAAAAUAUAAUUCUGUAGAUGUUAUUCCAAAAGUUUGUCAUUUUAAAACUUCCUAUUGUCUAUGAAAUACUGGGUAGAGUGAGAUAUUAAUGUAUAUUUUGUCUUUCUCAAUAAGGGCAUCUGUACCCAUGUGAAGAAACGGAGUAUUUUUAUUUAAUGUAUGUUAAAUUUCUAUGUUGAACAGGGGAACUGGUUUUGCCAAACUUGUUUUGCUAAUUUUGCCUUCUUUACAUAGACACAAAGCUUGUCAUUUUUAUACCAUGAAGUACUUAUCAAGACUAGUGUAAUUACCUGUGCUCUGGUGACAUUUUGAAUGUAUCACAGGUUUAUCCAUAUGAAGUGGCGUUGUAGAAGAAUAUCUUCCAAUACCGCUGAAGAAAUGCUGUAUUAAUAUCUCUGCCUAGAGGCAAACAAACAUUGUGUUGCCUGAGCAGGUUGUUUCUAAUCAGUGUCAUGAGAGUGUUUAUCUUUGUGUUAUGAAGAUGGAGAGCAGCCUUGGCCUGAGGUUAGACUACCAUGCUUGUUUUUUUUUUUUUUUUUUUUUUUUUUUUU